GCAUCUUCUCUUCUCCGCCUCUUCGCCCUCCGGGAUCCUCCCCUUCCUGUGUCCUAUUCCGUCGUCGACGCCCACUCUCCGUCUCUAUUUCUCUCCGUUGUCCUCUCUUUCCUAGGGUUUGCAUCUCCGGGUAGCCUUCUUCCUCUCGGUCAUUGUUGCUUGUCUGUAUCGUUCUUUUGUCAACUAUUUCUGUGAUCGGUUUCGCCCUCAAUGGCCGUGCCAUUCUCUUGACGGGUGCCUCGGCGGAGAUCGACCAUGAGCGCUGUGAACAUCACCAACGUCACCGUCCUCGACAAUCCGGCGGCCUUCCUCAACCCUUUUCAAUUUGAGAUCUCUUACGAGUGCUUGGUUCCUCUCAAGGACGACCUGGAAUGGAAGCUCAUUUACGUAGGAUCAGCGGAAGAUGAAACAUAUGACCAACUUCUGGAAAGUGUGCUUGUCGGUCCUGUCAAUGUUGGAAACUACCGCUUUGUGUUCCAGGCUGAUCCACCAGACCCUCUAAAGAUUCGUGAGGAAGACAUCAUUGGAGUGACAGUAUUAUUGCUAACAUGUUCCUAUUUGGGGCAGGAGUUCGUUCGUGUAGGCUACUAUGUGAACAAUGAUUACGAUGAUGAGCAGCUCAGAGAAGAACCACCCCCAAGGGUUUUAAUUGAUAGGGUGCAGAGAAACAUAUUAGCUGAUAAACCAAGAGUCACCAAGUUCCCUAUAAAUUUUCAUCCUGAUGCAAAUGCAAAUCAGAGUGCUGAACCAGGUCCACCCCCAGAUCCUCCUGCAGAGGAAGAUGAUGAUCAUGAACCUGCGCCUGAUGAAUUUUAGUUCACCAGAAAAAAAGCCUAGUGCUUAAGAAAAUGAUGUUAAGAACUCUAAAGAUCUGAAGUAAAAUUCUGAAAGUCUUCACUAUUUUGGAGCAUUUUCUGGUGUAAAGCCUUAGCGGAUAAGGAUCUGUUCUCGUUUGAAAGAAAGACCGUUGCCGAUCACUUGCAACUGCAGAGCCUGUUAUUCCUGUAAUGAUUAAAGCUGACGUUGUACCAUCAACCGUCCCUCUUCCCCCACCCCUCUUCUUCUGUCACUUAAAUUUGCAGUGUGGGCAAUAGAUAUCAAGAGGCAACCUAAUCUGCUUCAAGGUGGUGGAAGACCAAACUGAUGUUUUUUAUUUGCUUGGCCACAAUGAAUUUGUUUCCCAGUCUUAAAUUUUAGCAGUCUAACCUUCCAACUUAAUGUCCUACGAAGUGUAUUCUUCUAUUCGCUGAUUAUUUUUUCACCUUUUUGUGUUUAAAUUUCGUAACUGUUGUAUUUGUACUAUUUGGUGAUAGUACAGUAACAGUUCCUGGUUGC